AUGGCAGGAGUAGAUGUCAUUGUGGACAAGCUGGUGACACUUUGGAGGAUACCAGCCGUCAGACAAAACUUUCCCUGGAUAUUUUUACUCAUUUCAGUCUCUGGAUCAGUCCUGAAACAACUGCAAGUCAUCCCGCCGUCAUAUUUCAGCAGCAGCAGAAAUGCGUUGAACGUGUACUUUGUCAAGUUGUCCUGGGGUUGGACCUUGCUGCUGCUGACACCCUUCCUCCUCCUCUCCAACUCCUCCUUCAACAGGAGCGUGUCCUUCCUCGGCCGGCGGCUGCUGUCUCUGGUGGUGGCCACCGCUGUCUGGUACGUCUGCACCGAGACCUUCUUCUACAUCGAGGAUGUAACCGGCUCCUGUUUUACACUUGACACUUCGGAGGCCGUCGAGGGCAUCGCUACCAAAGCCACCUGCAGGAGAGCCGGCCACUACUGGAACGGCUACGACAUCUCGGGGCACUCCUUCAUCCUGGCCUACUCCGCUCUCUUCAUCAUGGAGGAGACGGCACCGAUGGCCUCCCUAAAGACGGCCAGUCUGUCUUCUCUGCCGAGGAUGGUGCUCAACAUUCUGUACGUGGCUCUGAAUCUCAUAGUGAUUAUUUGGGUGUGGAUGUUUGCCUGCACCUCUGUUUACUUCCAUGACAUGUCUCACAAGCUGCUCGGGACCAUAUGUGCCAUCUCGGGAUGGUAUCUGACAUAUCGGGUUUGGUAUCCAAGCCCUUUGUCUCCUGGACUCCCCCCUCUCCGCCAACCAAAAGAACAGAAACAACACGCUUAGACUGCGGUCAUACUUUCCAACACACGACAUUUGCCGCCAACGUUGCAGCCGUCCGUCCGUCCUCAAAAAACAACACACUACACUUAUGUUGCUUAUGUGUCUCCGGAUCCAAGCUGAGGCCACGCUAUUUUUAAGUUAUUCCCUCCUUGCAGGAAAGGUCAAAUUGUUCAGGAUAAGUGGCUCGCACUUCCUCCGCGCUGUGUUUGUCAGCUGCCAUUCCCAAAAUGACUCGUGGUAAUCUGAGAUAAAAGCAAAACGCUGCUCUGCUGUCCGGCUUUGCGGCCCUCUCUCAUGCUACACCAAUUGUUUGUCUGACAGUUUGUUGCCUUAAUAAUAUUUGAUUUGGAUGAGUAAUCACAGUUUUUAGAUGUGAGUGGGAAUACUUGAGAAUGUUUACAGCUCCUGUCGUGUAGCACUGAUGAUGAUGAUGAUGAUGAUGAUGACCAAUGUACAGCAGCUAUACUCUUGUUUUUUAAAGAGAAAACUACCUUUAGAACAAAGUCAGAACUGACACUGUAACUGCAGCAGACCUACGUUUCACCCUGUAUGUAGGAUUUUAAUAAGCUGUCUAUUUAUAAUCACAUGUGGUUUGGUGACUGUACAGCAACAUAGUUAGUUUUAAAAUUUGAUUAAGAAUAGUAAAUAUAUAUCAUUUUUAAUCUCUCGUCAUAAAUGCGCUCCGGUAGUAGGAGAGCCCUGCGAAUGGAUAUUAGUAUUAUUAUUGUUGUUGUUAAUAGUGCCUAAUAAGACAAACCUGGAAAUAGUCAACAUUCACCCUGUGAAAAGACCAGAACUGAUCUGACCCUUUUUAAGGCUGCUUUCAGAUGCAUGGGAUCAUCCACAAUAACAACACAGCAGCAUCUGACACCCAAACAUAUUCAACAAGCAACACAUUCCUACUUUUUGUAACAUUUUUGGCAUCUGAUAAGUCUUUAAAUUCAAAGAUCUGUUACUUACACAGGACUUUAUUGGUCAUAUUCCAUUAUCACACUGGUAUUUCUUCCCCAAACCAACUUUUUGGUCUAAAUGGCAACCUAAAAAGUAUUGCUAAAGCCUUAAUAUAUAUAGAGUAGCCUAUUCCUCUGUGACAUAGAGCUACACUGUUGUCCAAAAAUGAAUAAAAACACAUAAAUUAUUAACAUGGGCACUGUGGUUUGCUUUGAGUCAAUCCUACAAACAUCGUCUUGCUGCUGCCAUAUAAAUAAGGAGAUUAGGUUAUUUUCAUUAUCAGUUAAUCAAAAUCAUGCAUGUCAGAAAAUUGUGAAAAACAGCAAUCAAUAUUUCACAAAGCAGAAUAUUCAACCUAAAAUGUCUCAUUUUAUUAGUCCACAAAAAGGAUCAGAACAUAGCCACAUUUAAGAGGCUGGAAACAGAGAGUUUGAGCAUUUUCUAAUUAAAAAUGUGACUCAAAAUGAUGAAUUAAUGAUCAAAAUAGUUCAAUCAAUUAAUCGACUUAUCGUUGCAAUUCUACACCGGAUUCCCAAAUGUGUGAUAAUCUGCAGCUGAAAACAGUCCCAAACAAACAAACUACAGUGCCCAGCUGUUGAGGGAAAUACUUACAUAAUACUUCUUUUAAAAUAUAAAACUGUAUAUUUAUGACCUAUCUUCAGUAGGAUUGAACGGGAGGUCGGAGGAGGUCAAAGUAUUGAGAGACAGAUUAAAACAUUAUUGGUUUUGGUCUUCUCAUGGGGUUUGUUGACUAAAACAAAUAUCAUCAGUAUCAGUAUCACUCUCUUUUUAAAGGGGAAACUUACAUAAAUCAUAGGAGCAUGUUUAGAAAAUAUGAAUAAUAAUGUCUCUGGAAAUAUAAGCAUUUUUCUUGCAAUGAUGUGUGCAUUUUCACGACAUGUUAAAUAUACGAACGACAAGCUCUGUGGUGAAAGGUGCCAAAUUAAAAACCAGAAUCAGUAUAUUCCAUUUUUCAUAAUUUAUUUUGUCAUUGAUGGCAACUGAAUAAAUUAAGGCUUAUGAACAAACAUCAUAAAAAGCACCAUAAAUAAAUCCAUAUAUAUAAAUAUAAAAAAUAAAAAGUAAAAAAUAAAAAAAUACUAUAGUGAAAUAUAAUGGCCACAAAUCACAACAAGGAUUUUUUUUUUCUCGACUUGAACUCUUUGUGUGUGAUCCAAGAGGUACAGAUCCAGCCCCUCAGGCAGCAUGACUUCAGUCCGAAGAAGAAGAAGAAGAAGAAGAAGCAGUGGAGUCGUAACAAGUGGACUAGCAGUAAUCAGAAAGCACGAAGAGUUCACAAUGAUUAGCUGGUUAUAACCUUUCUUGACAUUUACCCCUCCCCUCCUCCUCCUCCCUCUCUCUCUCUCUCCGAGUGUCCUCUGCUGUUUGUCAAUGAACAAAAGAAGUGAAUGUUUCAGUGUCUAAAAGUCAACACAAAUAAUAAAUGCUGACACAAUUAAGCUAAAAUGUAUGAUUAAAUCGCAUCAGGAAAUAGCACUUAUACAACUUUUCUUAAUAACCUCCAGACUUGAAAGAGAAAUUAAUAUAUAUAUAUUUAUCUAUAUUUUUAAAUCUCCACUUUUGUGCCAUUUAUAUGACUGCUGCUCAUGCAAGAACAGUUUUGAAACUAAAAGCCCCUCUCCCCGUUUCAUUUAAUGCAUAUCUCAAAUAUCUUCUUCUCUCCAGAUGUGAAGGUUUGAUUUCAAACAGCUAAAAUCUGUAAUGGCUAUAACCGCACACUCUCUCUCUCUCUCUCCAUAUCAGACGUAGAAACUGGACACAACGAACAUCUUUACAGCCUUCUACACUUCUGAGGAGUUAUAUUAAAUCUCAGUGGACAAUCAGAUUUAAUGAUCAGAUAAAUAUGGACACAGCAAAGGAGACGCUGCUGUUUUAAAGGAGCAUUGAUCGUCUUUGGUUCAAUAUUUUUUUCCGCUGCAGCGAGCGUCCUGUCUGUAACUGAAAAAACUCACAUAAAUCUGGAUUUGUUAACCAAUGCUUGUACAGUUACCCCCCAUCUGCUCACUGGCUAGAAAAGGGAGCAACUGUAGCUGUAAGAAUGUGUCAAUCUAACCAGCCAUUAAACUUAAAGAAGCUUACAACUCCUCCGGCCGGUCCGUCACAUGAAUAAUGAAUUAAACCUAAAGAGCGCACGGUUUCGGGAGCAGACUUCUAACAUGUUAAACCCUCGAGGUCCGCCUAAGAAAAGCACAAAGUCUCCCAUUAAAGGGUGAACAAAGUGUGGAGAGAGAAACACACAGAACUUAACAGCUGGUAAAGGCUUUUUUUCCUUUUCUUUUUUUUUCUCCCCUCGUCAUACUCCUUUAACCUUCAGAUGAGUCAGCUUUUCCUGCACCCCCCCCCCCCCCCCCCCUCCCCUCCCUCUACUUCCCUUUAUUCAACCUUUUUUGGAGCUUGUUAAAAAAAGUCAGCACGGUGAAACAAAAAAAAUCAGAUGAAUGUAUAAUUAAAAAAUAUCUAUCUGUAAAAACAAUCUUGCAUCUGUCAGGUGGAGUUGGUGACAAAUAAAGAAAG